UCUGCCGAAGACAUGUUGCAGACUAAGUGAGAUGUGUUGUUCAAUACGUUGUAUUAAAAUAACCGUGGAAUACAACCGUGCUUGUCUUCACAUUUUUCGUGCCGUUGACUGUUACUAUUUAAACGUAUGAAACCACGAUAAAAAGAGCAUCAAGAUGAACCUAUCGGUGGGGGAACCCUUUGUGGAGAAAUGGUUUAAAGCUGGACGGCUGGAGAAAACUACACUGACGGCUGAACUGGAACAGAGCAUGAGUCAAGCGCCCAUACUUGGAUGGAAGUUGUUACACGCUCUUCGUGAAACGCUAAAAACUGGAGAUUUGGAUGCAGCAUGUUGUACACGCAUUGCACUUACACUGAAACCCGCGUUAGAAUUGCUGAAUACUAUGGACAGUGAAGGGACCAACGAUGCUGAAAUAAUCUUGCAAGCAAUGAUUUUCUUUGUGACUGAAUUCAUGACAUCUGUAUGUCUCAAUGAAGGACCUGAUCUAAUCUACGACCUUUCAACUUUCCUCUACGAGACGCUACCUCGAACGCCACUCUUUGUAGAACUCGUCAGUGCCCUUCAGAGCUGUAUCGUGGACUACAGUACCGCAGUACCGGACAAUAAAUCACCUUUAGACUUAGAGAAGCAGGUGAAAUUCUGGAAAAAUGGCAUUUCAUACGCGAUUGAAGUGUCCAGAUUUAAUCCUCGGUCGCAUCAGGUUGUGACUCUGUGCCGUUCAAUAGCUGGAGCAUUUUUUGGAGGUGCAAAGCUGGCUUCCGCUAUCAAAAAACUCAACGAUAUGACAGGACAGGUGGAUAAGUCAAGAUCAGAUAUUGGAUACCUGUUCGAUCACCAGGCAGUGAAGUUUGUCAAGACGUUCGCUGAAAAUCGAGGUGUACUUAUGGGUUACUCAUUUCUAUGGGCUUUACUAAAUGCCUUUCUGCUUCGUCUAGUGGAUCAAAAAGAUUAUUUAAGUGCACUAAUGCUGCUUGUUCAUUUUCUACAAGCGGCCGGAGCUCCCAUAAAAUGUAUGCCGACCGCCUCCAUACUUGAAUAUCCGCAAUCUGAAUUGGAGGAAACGGAACGCUUAUUUCAUGUUGUUAAACUGCUGGAAGUCUAUAUUUCCUCUGGCAUGUACCAUCCAUCCGUCCUCAUCACCACCAAGAAGCGGUUUCGUGGAACCCUUGUAUUUAACGACAUACUAAUGUUUAUUAUAAAACACCCCGCUAAAGGAUCUUCCGAUUGGUAUCGUGGUUUACUAUACCUGGCUACUGUCGCUUCGAAUGUCGUAGUACAAAAGCUGAGGACUAUCUUACAGAAAGCUUGGUUUGAUUGCGUUCCAGAUGAUCCUGGAGCGCGAGAUGAAUUCCUGAUCUUUCUCAUUAACAUGUAUGACAGGAUGCAUAAAGCGGCUGAGUUUUAUACCCGAUUUUUGGGAGCCAUAAAUGAUUAUCUUGAGACGGGUGUUCCUGAACCCUCGCUGUCGGAGGUCGUUUUAAUCAGGAUGAGAAUGAAUUUUUGUGCCCUUUCUCCCGACGAUGUUAUAAAAAUAUGGGCUGACUAUGUAAGAUAUCUUCUUCAGGUUCUCCAGAAAUGGAAGGAAAGAGCUGGAGUGAUUAACAAGAAUCCACAAACAUUUAUUUUGAAGGUAUUUGCCGAAUUUAUGCAACACUGUUCCCUUGUUCCACUGAUGGAAAUUACCGCAGAGCAGUAUACCACGAUGGACAAUACAAUAGAGAAUACGUUGAAACUUACUAAGCUACUACUUAAUUUAACCGAAGAAAUGCCUGAUAUAGCUAAGGACACGGCCCUUCACUACGUUAAAAUAAGCCAAGCAUUUAUAAAAUGCCGUUUUAUCCGCACCUAUUACCUAGAAGGAAGUGUUACUGAUUCUGGUACUGAUGAUGCAACACGUUUUCAAGAAGAAUUAGUAGCAUUAAUCGAAGAUAACCUAAAAUUCUUAAGACAAGAAAAGGCGUUAAAACUUGAAGUGCUCUGCAGCAAUAUCAAGCUGUCGCAAGAGCCAAAGUCGAGAGCAAAUUUGUGCUUAGAAGAUAUUUGUGCCAACUUUGACAAUAUAGAUUGGCAAUCUAUACUUUGUCGUCAUCCUCAGGUCGUACGAAACGCCUCAAAAAAGAAAGUGGAGCACUUUGUAGCUCUACUUUUCGAUUACCUAGUAACGCAUAGAAGCUGCACAUAUGUCCAAUCGCAGUUAUUCCGGAGCGAUUCGAGGCAAGUAUUUGCAUUUGUGAAACUUGUCACACAUAAUUUAGCAAAAGUUGUCAGUCAGUCGUAUCCACAAAUGAUCGAUACUCUCGAGAUAAACAAUCGGGAAACGCCAAUACGUUGGAAGAGACUACAGGAACUCCUAACAAGAAUCCACCCCAAAACCAAUUUGAUCGAUAUCGUAGCUAAAACAAAAGACCUUUUGACCUUAGUGCCGGUAGUCUGCCUUCCUCCUGAACUGCGUUUGAAAUUGUUUGGCCUCACCCUGAUAGUCAUACUGGGGCAAAGUACACUUACCGAGAAAUUCUUGUCUGAUGCGUCUUAUUUCUUCGAGGAUCUUUCUUCGGCUUUUAAGUUCAAAGGUUGUUGUGAUGACUCAGACUUAGGGUCUAUUUGUCAUCUGGCUACACUCUGCCUUGACAAAGUCCUUGGACUCGAUCCUUCGACGUGUAUUCAGCAGUCACCACCGGUUAAAAAGGUUCUCGAUCUUAUCCAUUUUGUACAAUACACGGUUGUGAAACGGAUGAGUACCAUCGAACCUGUCCAAACAAUCUUCAAGCAGUUCGCACUGCAAAACGAUGCUGAAUUCUGCGCGGCCCUGCAUUUAACAGUAACACUUGUUCAGGUACAUCAUAAGAAGGUAUCCGCAGAAAAUAUCGCGACAGUCUAUCGAGAAUGCAAACAACAGAUUGACAAGGCUCUGGUAAAGAGCGCUUUCAAGUUACAAAAUAUGAUUUACAUAGCGAGUAAGUACGUCGAAGUAUUCGGAGUACAUGAUGCACUACGUGUUCAGAGCAUUAAGCUGGCCUUUCAGUCAGCAGGUGAGACGAUAUUGGCACUUCAGCAAGAUGGCACCGCUAUGCGGUUAUGUACUUUGGUAUUGCGUGACAAUAAUAGCGAGAUACGCGAAGUUAUACCAGCAAAGGCGGCUGUCUUUUGCGCACUUCUAGUCGGAGGCGAAAAUGAGUCAGAGCUCAGAAGAACUAUGGAUGCCACGUUGGCGAACGAGUUGUGGCCUGUGCUUUCAUCAGUGAUGGAUGAUCUGCAGGAGAUUUCAUCAUUUGUGGAAAGUGUGGUCACCGAUUCGUCUGAUGUAACGUUCCAUAGAAACCCUUUCCGUCUAGAAACACCUUUAGGAGUUGUAGGUGGCGAUGAUAUAUUGAACCGUUGCCUCUUGCUGCUGACCUCAGUCACAAAAUAUGGCAAUGAAAAUGUCGUCCUUGACGUCAUUCAAAAGGUUUCAUUACUCAUGAUUAAUCGAGGCGGGUCAUGUAUACGAUCCAUUCGUAUUGACUUAUGUUGCUCAGUACUGGAUGCUGCAACUCGCCGAAAGCCUUCUUCUGAAGUGUUAACGUUCCUUUACUCAACGAUUGCCAGGCUACCUUUAGAGAAAAUGAACGAUUUACCUGUGGAAGAGUGGUGUGCAAUUUUAAGCUCUAUUACGGAACUGGUGGGUCGUGGGCUAUCCUCAAAAGGACAUCAAUCGUCUGGAGUUGCACAGGUUCUUAUAGGGCUUCUCGGACGCCUGAUCGAAGCCACUGCAGAACGUGGAGAUCGGGCCACGUCUGCGGAUGCUGUUAGUCUUGCCGCGGUUGUGCAUGUUAUCGACAAAGUAAAACGUGUAUUGUUUUUUGUUCAUAGGCUAAAGUGUAAAGAUCACCGCAACGCCCCAGCCUUUGAGACAAUAGGCACGUUUCUGAUGGCGUCAUACCUGCGCGUCGCAGUAAGGGUGUCCCUAAAUCCAAAGCUUCGAGAAGAUAUAUAUGCCAUGGCAUAUAUGAUCCUAGCUUUGUGUAAUUCGAAAGGGUUAUUUGCUCUAAAGCUAGAAAGCGGCUUCUCAGAACAGGAGGCGCUCCGAAGGCUCGUGGAAGAUUAUAAAGCGAAGUUUCAUGUAAAAAGGCUUUAGGAAUGGAAAAUAUUACCUCAAAGUUCUAAUCCAGCUAUAGAUUUUAGGAUAUAAACCGCUUCCACGAUAAAGGCAUUUUUCUUUGUUCAGAAAGCCAGCAGUUGUUGUCGAAUGAUAAUACUGUAAAUCUGUAUAUUUGACACUUCUACAGAAUAUAACAAGUCGACUAUUCAUGGAUAAAUAUUGACUGUUGGCUGCUGAGUGUCACUUUGGUAAAUAAAAUUAAUUUCAUAGUAGUUUUAACUUUUUACUUAAGUACGGAAAACUAAGAACAAACUGCCGGCUAAUAAAUUUUUAAUAAGUCUCUUAAUGGCUUUAAAAAUUGACUUAAAUGAAACUUCCGCGUUU